GAGGCCCAGAAGGCCACAAGCUUAUGGAUUCCGGCUUGGAGCGGGGACACGCGUGCGCAGUGUGUAGCCCUUGCUGAAGAGACUGCCUGGCGUUCCUGUUCGGAUUCUUUAUUCUGCAUAUCGUGGGCAGCGGGGUCCACUUGGAUCGGUCGGCGAGGUUCACACGAGUGAAGGGCACUGUGGAGGGAAGAAGGACUUAGAGCAUGGCAGAAAACAGAGAACCCCGCGGUGCCAUCGAGGCUGAGCUGGACCCCGUGGAGUACACCCUUCGGAAACGACUUCCCCACCGCUUGCCGCGGAGGCCCAAUGAUAUUUAUGUCAACAUGAAGACUGAUUUUAAGGCUCAGCUAGCUCGCUGCCAAAAGCUGCUGGACGGAGGCACUAGGGGGCAGAACGCAUGCACUGAAAUCUACAUUCAUGGCUUGGGCCUGGCCAUCAACCGUGCCAUCAACAUCGCCCUGCAGCUGCAGGCAGGCAGCUUUGGGUCCCUACAGGUGGCUGCUAAUACCUCCACGGUGGAGCUGGUGGAUGAGUUGGAGCCAGAGACUGACUCUCGAGAGCCACUGACUAGGAUCAGGAACAACUCAGCCAUCCACAUCCGAGUCUUCAGGGUCACGCCCAAGUAACUGAAAUCAAGCUGACUUUUCAUCCACCAAGUCCUUUGUGCACACACAUCCAGGCUUCAUGUGGUUGAGGUUUCUAGGGGUUCGUAUGGCUCUUGUUCUGAGUUCUGUCAUGGACCGCUUCUCAGAGCUUGUUAUCUCAGCGUAGAGAACUGGAAACGGAGAGCCCGAGAAGCGAAUCUUCCUUGUCCCAUAUAAUAAAAUGUUAAGUUGUGUUGGU